CUGCAGACCGGCGACAUUACCAAGUGUGUCCUCCUGUGGCCACCGUAGUUACAUUAGCAACAUGGCGUCCGACGGUGAAAGCGACGAGGACUUCGUGAAUUACGGGACUCCUCUGGAGCCUCUGGAAGAAGACGAGCCUCUGAAGAAACCGGUUCCUCUACACGAGCAGACGGUAAAGGACGAGAAGGGACGGUACCAGCGGUUCCAUGGAGCCUUCACCGGAGGCUUCUCUGCAGGGUACUUCAACACCGUGGGCACCAAAGAAGGCUGGGCCCCGUCGACAUUUGUGUCGUCACGGCAACAGAAAGCUGGGAAACAAAAUGCCAGACCAGAAGAUUUCAUGGAUGAGGAGGACUUCGGGGAGCACGGCAUCGCUCCCUCAGAGAUCAGCACCAGUCAGGAGUUCACGUCGAGUCGCAGAGACGCAACCAGAGAAAAGGCGCGAGCCGUCAACGCUCAGGCAGCGCUGAUAACUGGAGACACGCUGCUGGAGGAGCUGAUCGCUCCGACCCGGUCGUCUAUGGGGGUGGAGCUGCUGAAGAGGAUGGGCUGGAAGGAGGGUCAAGGGGUGGGUCCUCGGGUGAAGAGGAAAGCAGGGCGACAGCCGACAGGAAGUCGACCAUACGGCGGUGUGCCGCCUCCUGCUGGAUCAGAGGACUCUCAGGGGGAGGAUGAUGACGAGGAGUUUACUCUAGCGGACGUGACCUUUGCCCCGAAGGAUGUGACUCCGGUGGACUUUAACCCCCGUCUGGGGGUCCAGGGUCUUGGGUACCGCGGUCUGAACCCGGGUCUGGCGCUGCCGGGCCGUGGCGCCCCUGAGCACCUGGACCUUUUCAGGCCUCAGUCCGAGACCAGGAGCCGCCUGUUUGGGGACAAGAGGGCCUCCAGGCGAGGAGGCGUGGCCGGACAGGCCUUUGGGGUGGGGGCCAUGGAGGACGACGAUGAUGAAGAGGUCUACCACAAAGACCCCAUGUCCCGAUAUGACACGGUGCUCGGGGGGGAGGAGCCUGGGGACGGACUGUACGGCUGGACGCUCCUCCAGCAGUACAUGAAGAAAAGAGAGAAAAGCAAAGACGCGUCGUACCUCGGAAAGAUCCUGGAGGGUUUCACUUUGGCCCAAAACCGCCCUGAGGACCAGACGAUCUACCCCCCCCCCUCUCUGCCCAGAGACUACCGUCCCGUCCACCGCUUCCGUCCGUCCCUCAAUACUUUGGGCCUCUCAGGGGUCAGUCCUGCACUGGCAGAGGCCCUGAGGGUCUCCAGGGGCCACAUGGUCUCAGAGGAACCGCAGCAUGGAGGACGCCACCAGCUGGACUCUGGCCACAGGAGGAACCUUCUGGGAGAAGAUGCCCUGCAAGGUCCUAGUUCAGUCAUGGAGCUUCUGAAGCCUGAAGAUAGACAGCGACUUCUCGGCAUGCGCGGCGGCUCCUCCACGCAGACCCCCCAGGAGGCUGUGCAGCCGGCAGCAGAGGACGUGUCCUCCUCCGGCCUCCGGCAGCAGCAGGAGGCCCUGACCAUGUGGAAAGGAGUCCAGACGUCCUCUCAGACCUUCAGGCCCUUUGAGCAGAACCCCAGCAAGCAGGCCCGCUACGAGCUGUACCUGGACCGCCUGCAACAAGGAGACAGAGACGGUCUGGAGCAGAGUCUGGACCCGGGCAUGACGGAGUGGGAGCGCAGCAGGGAGAGGGACGAGUUCGUCCGAGCCUCAAUCCUCUACAGACCCUCCUCCUCCUCGCUGUCCUCCCGCUUCACCAGAGCCAGCAGCCAGGAGGACCAGGACAGCGUGGAGGUCCACCGGGACCAGGAGGGAGACGUCGACGACAAACAGGCCGCUGUAAACAUGAAGAUGUUCGGUGAACUGACCAGAGAAACGUUUGAGUGGCAUCCAGACAAACUGCUCUGCAAGAGGUUCAACGUCCCGGAUCCCUACACCGGGUCCAGUUUGGUCGGUCUUCCCAAAGUGAAGAGAGACAAGUUCUCAGUGUUCAACUUCCUGACUGUGACGGAGCCGAUGGCUCCUCCAAAGCCUCCAGAAGCUGGGAGGAGGUCGAGGUGGGACGUUUCCAAGGAGGAGAAGCAGAAGGACCCGCUGAGUGAACUCCUCGUAGCUGCUAGAAACCAAACCGAGAUCAAAGUGGAGGGGGCCUCCUCCACCUCAUCCAGCAGCACCGAGCAGCAGACUGAUGACUCCAUCACCAAGAGGAAUCUAGAGGAGGAGCAGGAGGAGCAGGAGGAGAGCAGGCCUCCGAUGGAUCUGUUUAAGGCCAUCUUCGCCAUUUCCUCUGAUGACGAAUCCUCUUCUUCAUCAGAGGGAGAGAGCGACGAUGAGGAGGAAGUCAAAGACGUAAAGGAGGAGCAGAUGGACCCACAACCACAGAACCUCUUUAGCAUCACCUCCUCAGAAACAUGUGCACAGGUCAAAGUUUCAUCUCAGAACUCGACUCUGGAAAAAGAAGAGUUUGGUCCAAAGCUUCCUCCACCAGCUGACCUCACUAGAGGAGGCUCCUCCUCCCUUGAAUCCCCAGGCAGGAGGAGCAAAGAGAAGAAGAAGAAGAAGAAGCAGCAGCAGCACAAACACAAGAAAGAGAAGAAGAAGAAGAAACGGAGUAAGAGCAAACACAAAGCCAAGCAGCAGAAGAAGAGCAGCAAGGAGGGGGAGGCGGCUCAGGUGUCCACUCAGGAGCUGCUCCAAAGACUGAAGACCAUCCAGUCCUGUGACACCUGGUGAAGCGUGUCCUCUGUGUGGACGUCUGUCUCCUCGGUUCUUUCCCAUCACACCUCAUGUUCUUGUUUCUAAUAAUAAAGUCUUUAUCUUUUAACGUUUA